AGAUGGUAACCUGGAUUUUUUGUCUGUGGGUUUUGCUGCACCACUCAGUCCUGGAAGCUCUGGUACAGUUGCCUGCUGAUGAAUCUGAAAACUGCUCUGACAAAAGCCAGAAAAUUUCCUUCAGCCACUCAUACAAGAUCGACAUGCCCAAGUCUUCUCAGAUCAAGGUGGAAGCAGUCCCACAGCCCCUUCAAGAUGACAGCAACGUUCCACUGGCAACUGAUGAAACAGAUGAGGGUGAAGAACAAAAUAUUAUAUUCAGACAUAACAUUCGAUUGCAGACACCCAGAGGUGAUUGUGGGAUCCUUGGCCAGCUCAAAGGAUUUUUGGAAAGGCUGGAGAAGAUGGAGAUGGACAUGAUAAACCUGAGGGGUCUCUGUAAUCCUCAGAGAUGCUGUGGAAGAAGCCAAGGUGUGUCAUCCUGUAGUGGCCAUGGGACAUUUAUCCAGGAGACUUGCAGCUGCAACUGUGAUGAAGGCUGGGAAGGCCUGGACUGUUCUCGACCUCUCUGCCCAGGAAAUUGCAAUGGUAAUGGACACUGCAUCGCAGGCCGUUGCAUUUGCAACGCCCUGUAUGCUGGGGAGGAUUGCAGCCAGCUUCUCUGUCCCCAGAACUGCAGUGGCAAUGGGGUCUGUCUCCAUGGUGUGUGCCACUGCUACAAGGCAUUCACUGGAGAGGAUUGCAGUGAGAAGAGGUGCCCCAGGGAUUGCAGCGGGAAUGGCUACUGUGACAGUGGAGAGUGUUACUGUGAAGAUGGCUUCCUUGGGCUUGACUGCUCCAAAGUGCGUGCUCCUUGGAAUGCACGUCUCCUCAAAACCACAGAGGAUUCCCUGGCUAUUGGCUGGGAUAAGAUGACCGAGGUGGACUAUUAUGUCAUUGCCUACUUUCCCCUGGGAAAUGAGACCUCAGUGAAGCAAGUACAAGUUCCUAAAACUGACAUCACCUAUGAGAUCCUUGGUCUUCUUCCAGGCACAAAAUAUAUCAUUGCACUUCGUAAUGUAAGGAAAUCUAUUUCUAGUGACCCAGAACUCCUGCAAGGCAGCACAGCUGUGUCUGCUGUUGGUGCAAUCUGGGUGACAGAGGAGACAGAAAAUUCCUUGGAAGUGGAGUGGGAGAACCCUGAAACAGAAGUGGAUUACUACAAGCUGAGGUACAAGUCCUUGCUUGGGGAGGAGAAGGAGGUGAUGGUCCCCAAAAGUGGUGAUGCUAAGAGCAGAUACGUCAUCACAGGCCUGAAACCUGGGAUGCAGUAUGAGAUCACUGUCAUAUCCAUGAAGGGUGAGAUGGAAGGGAAGCCCUCUACUGUGAACGGCUGGACAGAAAUCGACUGCCCCCAAAACCUGGUGACAGACCAAGUGACAGAGAGCACAGCUUCCCUCUCUUGGAGUGAAGUCCAGGCCCUUAUUGACAGAUAUGUGGUGAUCUACGGUUCUGCCCAUGGGGAUUCUAAGGAACUCUCAUUGAGCAAAGACAAAAGCAGCACAAUCCUGACAGACCUGAGGCCAGGCAUGGAAUACUUCAUCUACCUCUGGGCUGAAAGGGGAACUCAGCAGAGUGAAGGGAGAAGCGUUAAAGUUUUGACAGAACUUGAUGGCCCAACUAAUCUGGUCACCACUCAAGUAACAGAAGACACGGCUACCCUUUCUUGGAAUGGGGCCAAGGCUCCCAUAGAUAGAUAUAUCAUAAGCUAUGCCUCAGCAGAUGGUGACACCAAGGAGAUAUCUGUGGGGAGGGACAAGACAACCACUACCCUGAUGGGCUUGAAACCAGGCACUGAGUAUACCAUCUCCAUUUGGGCCAUGAAGGGCACCCAGCAGAGCAGGAAGGCCAGCACAAAGGCUGAAACAGAAAUAGAUGGCCCUAAAAACUUGAGAACAGAUCAAGUGACAGAAAACACGACCACUAUCUCUUGGAGCAAGGCCUCGGCUCCCAUAGACGGAUACAUACUGAGCUAUACCUCUUCUGAUGGAGAGAAAAAAGAGAUUGCAGUUGGAAAGGACAGGAGCAGCAUGACAUUGACUGGUCUGAAACCAGGCAUGGAAUACCUCAUUUCCAUCUGGGCUGUGAAGGGCAGCCAGCAAAGCAAGAGGACAAGCACAAGAGCCGUGACAGAAAUUGACACUCCCAGGAAUUUCCAUGUGUCAGAUGUGACCCAGUCUAGUGCCGUGGCCAUGUGGUUACCACCUGAUGCUGAGAUCAGUGGUUAUCUCCUCACUUAUCAGGAGCCAGAUGGCACCAGCAGGGAAGUGCUGCUAGGUCCUAAUGACCAAAAAUUUGUGCUAGAAGGUCUUGUUCGGGGGACUAAGUACACCAUAUAUAUUGCAGCCUUUAAAGGAGAUCGCUGGAGCAAAAAAACAACUACCACCUUUUCUACAGUCAGUUUACGCUAUCCCUACCCAGCUGAUUGCAGCCAGAUGCAGCAAAAUGGGCAUGCCAGCAGCGGCAUGUACACCAUCUAUCUGAACGGUGAUGUUAACAGGCCCCUGCAGGUGUAUUGUGACAUGACCACUGAUGGAGGUGGAUGGAUAGUAUUUCAGAGGCGGAACAAUGGACAGCUGGAUUUCUAUAAACGCUGGAGGAAUUACGUUGAAGGUUUCGGAGAUCCCAACGGGGAAUUUUGGCUUGGCCUGGAGAAGCUGCAUGAACUCACCAGCACUGCCCCUGUUCCAUACGAGAUGAGGGUGGAUUUACGGACAAGCAAUGAGUCUGCCUAUGCGGCCUAUGACCUGUUCCAGGUGGGACCCAGCAGAGACAGAUACAGGCUCUCUGUGGGAAAGUACAAAGGCACGGCAGGGGAUGCCAUGACAUACCAUAAUGGUUAUAGGUUUACUACCUGGGACAGGGACAAUGAUAUAGCUAUCAGCAACUGUGCAAUGACACACCAUGGUGGCUGGUGGUAUAAGAACUGCCACUUGGCCAAUCCCAAUGGCAAAUAUGGAGAAAACAAGCACAGUGAGGGAGUUAAUUGGGAACCAUGGAAAGGCCAUUUGUACUCCAUCCCUUUCACCGAACUGAAGAUCCGUCCACGGUCUCAUAGCUUUGAGCCUAUCUUUGGCAGAAAAAAGAGAUCUGUGAUGCUGAAGAGUAAGAAGGCUAGAGUUUAGAAUGACUUCCUAGAAGCACGGUGCUUGAAACUCCAAUGUGUUAUCGUGUAACAAUGUGUCGUGCUUUGGGUGACUUAUUUUAACACAUUUAUAAUCACAGCAACUGAUUUAAAGUCUCAUAAGUAUUCUGGUUUAAUAUCUUGAGAGCACUAUAGAACAUAGAUUGCACUGUGAGCAUGGUGAAAACUAAUAAAUGAGAACUAAGCCAAUUCA